AUGAGUUAUAAUAAAAGUAGAAGUAACAGUGGAAGUAAUAAUCAUAAAAAUGAUAAUAAUAACAAUAACAAUGUAGAUCAACAACAACAACUACCUAGAAGAUUAAGUGUAAAUAGUAAUAAUAAUAAUAACAAUGGAAAUAGUAGUACAAUUUCAAAUGAAAAUAACAAUGUACAACAACAACAACAACAACAACAAACAAUUGACAUGGUAUCUAUAUUGAGUGCACCUCCACCACCAACAGUUAGAAUCUAUGAUCCAAUGCAAAAGCAUCAACCACAACAGAAUAAACUGUUUCAUUUCGUCAAUAAUACAGCUAGCUCUUCAAACAAUGGAUCACCUUCACCUUUAAACAACUCGACAUCUUCAUUACCAAAUAUAAAUAACAAUAACAACAACAAUGAUAAUAAUAAUAAUAUUAGUAAUAACAACAUUAGUUCAAUAGAUCAGAAUAGCAAUAAUAGUGGUGGUAGUCAAUCAACAAGCUCACCUCUAAAGAGUAGUGCAUCUUCAUCUUCAUUCAAUAGAACCUCUAGUGAAUGGAAUGAUAAACCACAACAUAUCAUUGACCAAGAGCUAUUGAAAAAGAUAUUGAAUGAGGAAGACGACGAUGUAGAUAUUGAGAAUGUAAAUAUUGACUUGAACGAUAUCCUGAGAGACGACGACCAGGAUGAUAUAGAUGAUCUGUUGAUGAUGAACGAUGACGAUGCUGAAUCAACUGCUGACCAGAGUAACAGUAUCAGCAGUCACAGUGGUAGUACAUUAGAUCUACUACAACUAAAUAAUAACAGUAGCAUUAACAAUAAUAGCAAUUCACAACAACCUGUAACACAAUCAUCACCGUUGACACUUGCAGAGGAACGUGAAAAGCUGCUGUCUAUGGCACAGGCACCACUUCCAAUGCUUUGGCAGUCAAAGAACGCCAGAAAAUCAUUCAAUGGAAUCGUUGUGGAACCUCAAUACUACACAAAGAUCUCUGAACAACUGUCAUCCAUUGAGAUUAGAAAAGAGACUGGUUUUCCAACUUGUUUUAGUACUGCAAAAUAUAUUUGUAUAGGUACUUCACAUGGAUAUAUAUUGAUAUUCAAUUAUCAUCAAGAGUUGCUAACGUGGUUUGAUGUCGUUCACAGUGGAUCAACAACUGUUGCUCAAUGGAAAUCUCGGUCCUGUGUUAUCGAUCGCUCUGCUCCUGCCCGGAAACUAUCCUCAUCCAACCGAUCGAUCGUAUAUCAUUGCACUGGCUACCAAGCGGAAGAUUCUCAUUAUCUCUGCAUCGAUGGAGGGUGUCAGUAUUCUGAACAACAAGAUCUCCAAGCCUGCCUAUCAGAGUACCAAACGGACAACGAUAUCUGCGGUUUGGAAUGGAUCGACUCGCAGACCAUUCUCAUCUUGAAUAGUCGCGAUGAACUUCGUGUAUUCGAUCCAUUCGCGCUGGAGGAAGUGGAGUCUGUCAAUAUAAAAUCGAUGCAACUGAUUCACCACUCGAAAUUCCAGAACGUCUAUUCAUUCCACAAUACAUUCCGAACAUUGAAAUCUCAUAUGUAUAUGCUCGGAAUGAAUGGAUUCUUCUCUGCUCAUAUCUUGACGUGGUUGGAGAGACUUUCGAUUUUGGUGAGUCACCAUCAGUGGUUCGAAGCGCUGUGUCUCUCACUGGAUUUCUACGAGGGCAAAGCCAAGGCAGCCACUGGACUCAACUCGAAUACCGUCGACUCCAAAGUUAUCACCUCUGACAAAACCAUUGAAAUCCUAUCGCAACUCUGUCAUUUGGUGUUCACUUCUUCAGCCGAACAAAUUAGAGAUCACUCACUCAUUCCCAAAUCGAUGUUUCAUGAUGUAAUCGAUGGAAGCUACCCGCUGGAUCCGGCCAUCGCCCGAAUGAACAUCUACCAACAGUUGGCAUUGAUAUCGAUUGAGUUUUGUAUCGAUGUGAAGCGAACCGACUUUUUAUUUGGAGAGGUAUUCAAUUACUAUGUGGAGGCAUCGAUGGUUGGAAUAUUCCUCGAGUUCCUCGAACCCUACAUCCUGAGAGAUCGUCUCUCCAACUUGAACCCAGAAGUUAUGCAGUACAUGAUGUCACACUACCAAGAGCGACACGUCUUGUCGCGUGCCGAACAAUGUUUACUACACUUGGAUAUUGCAUCACUUGAUUUCCAUCAGACUGUUAUUCUCUGUCGUAAACAUGGAUUGUACAGUGCAAUUAUCUAUCUUUACAACAAGGGUUUGGAUGACUAUAUCACUCCACUCGAAGACAUGAUGGAAGUAUUCAUCAAGCCCAAUGGAAACAACUCGAAUGAACCAACAGUUGGCUCGUCAUUCAAGUUGGUCGAUAACGAAUCGAAAGAUGUUGCCUAUCGAUUGUUGUUGUACCUACAAUAUAGUUUGUCGGGUCGAUCGUUCCCCACUGGAAUGAUAGCAGCGUCGCGUGUACCGUCCUUGAAGAUACAGGUUCUUGAAUAUCUGUUCCUUCGAAACUUGUUCCCCGAGGAUCCAACACCCUAUCCAAGAUUGUACAAUCUCAUCAAGUUUGACUCGACAGAGACACUCAAGAUUCUCUCGACGACAUUCGACGAUGAGUUCCUGGCCACUCACGACCCCAAUGCCACGCUUGUGAUUCCACCCAUUCCAUUCAACGUGAGCAGCUCCAACCUGAAUCACCUGACAAUGUUCUCUGUCUUACUGCUCAUUAUGAUUGACCGAUCUCAACAGCCCUAUGACAUCAAAGAGAAUGAACAGUGGCCAUUCUCACUACAGCAACAAGGUCAGCUAUUUGUCCUACUCGCCAACUGCUACAAAAAGAAGCUAUUCAAUCACAUCGAUCAUGUUCUCAUGAAUAGAAUGAUUGGAUUACUGGCAGCCGCUCCACUUUACUUUACAACAAACAACACCAAUAACAAAGAUGACAAGGAUAAGGACAAUAACAUUUUCAAUAGUCAGGAACGCCAAACUGCUUUGUUGUCCAUCAUCACAACACUCCCCAUUGAAGCGUUCGACUACGAGCGACUACUGGUGCUGUGUGAAGGCAAUGAAUUCUAUCGUGUCAUCCAAUAUCUCUAUUCACUGCAAUCGAAUUACAGCAAGAUGAUUAUGUGCCAGGUGAAAGAUCCUCUUACCAAGUCAGACUCUUUCAACUAUAUCCGUGAGUUACUCUCACAGCCACAUCUUUCAGACGAAUCGAGAAACAUCAUCAAGAACACAACCAUAUCCACUCUGGCACAGUUGAUUAUCAUCGAUAGUCAACAGACCGCCCAAUUGAUUAUGGAUCACUUUGCAGCCGACCACGAAAAGAUAUUGAAGGAACUGAGCUCAUUCCCCAAACUACAGUUCACCUACUUGGUUGGAUUACUCGGUGGUGUUGACCCGAAACAAACUAAUUCCGACAGCAAAUCAUUCACACAACGAACUGGAAUCAAUAUCUCAAACGAAACCUACGAACUCUACAUUAAACUGAUGUGUAUGUUCUCCCCACAAGCCGUUUAUAAAUAUCUUUCAUCUCAUGAUGAUUAUCCAUUAGAUGCAUGUUUAAAGAUUUGUCAACAAUAUAAUAACUUUGAAGGUGCAACCUAUCUUUUAGAGAGAACAGGUGAUGUACCAAAGGCAUUGGAAAUGAUAUUGAUGACUUUAAAGACAAAGAUUGAAGAUCUUCUUAGACAAUUCUCUACUAUAUUUGCAAAUGUAAAGCACAUAAAGAAUGAUAAGCCAUCACCACAAGAAAAGGAAGUUAUGGAUAUCCUUAACAAUGCUAUUGCUCUAUGUCAGAGAAACUCUGCUAAACUUCAAAAUACUGAAAAUCAAAUGAUUUGGUUUAAACUAUUGGAUACUAUUGUUGUGUUUGUAAGAAAGAUUAAACUAUCGCUGAAUCAUACAGAGAAUACCAAUAUCGCAAUGCAAGAAAAUACAUCGAUACUGAAUCAAUCGAUAGAUAGAACUACCAACAAACCAAAGAGUGCUGUCUAUGUAAAGUCAACUACGUUCCUCAACAAGCUGGUUCACUAUAUUCUUAAUAAUAUGAUGGGAUAUGUAGCGUUGCCUUUGAUCCUCACAAAGAUUGUAAACGAUCAUGGUAGCGAUGAAUUCGGUGACUUCAAGUCGAUCAUCAGUGGAAUGCUUGACACCUGCACGUUCGAGACGAGCAUACUGAACACUGCCAACCAGUUGAUUCAACGCGAUAUGUAUACUACCACCUCGGAGUAUAUCGAGCGUCGUUCGCGUGCUUACUCGCCUGCCGCUGCUCGCUGCUUGAUGUGCAACCGUCCAUUGAAGGAGUUCAACGGACAGAUUCACGAUGUCACUCCCACCGAUAGCGUUAUCAUCUUCCAAUGCGGUCAUUCUUUGCAUUCCACAUGUCUGGGUAAGCACACUGCCUGUCCACACUGUAGCAGCUCAAAGACCAAAACUAAGAAGGUAACCACAAACAAAUCAACUCUCAACAACAAUAACAACAACUAUUCAUCGGAUGAAGAAUCUGCUAGCAACACCGGUCAACAACAACAACAACAAAACGAUCCAAGAAAACAAAUGGCUCAGGAAAAAGAGAACGACCAGAAAGCAACCAUGGUAUAUUUGGAAAGAUUAAAUAACUUUUCAAAAGUAUCAAAGAGAGCAUCAAUGUAUAAUUUCGAUACCUCACCAUUGAGAAAUCAACUAAAAGGUAAAAAUGAUAAUGAGUUUAGGGAUGCCGAAGGAUAUCAAUUCCAAUCAGAUCGAUCAACUAGAAAUAAUAGACAACCAAGGAGAUAA